AAAAUGCUUCAGGGCUACCUAAGGGAAGCUAGUAAGGUGUUGGGAAGGAACGUAGCCUCUGAGGAAGGCCGUUUCAGUGUAGCUCUCCGCAUUUUUACUUCCGGCCAUCAAACGUCGGCCCAAGCGUUACCAUCGAACAAUGAGUUCGAUAACUUCAAGCAGCGUUUACUCAAUGGAAAGGAUCUUCGCCAUAGAAUGGCUCAGCAAAGGCGAGCGCAGCGCCGCAGAACAGGCGUACCAUCAUUCUAUAUAGCGGAAGGGUCACAUAGGAACCAAUUCCGGCCCAUCUUUUCUGACAAGGCGAGCAUAUUGAAUGGGCGCACAGUUGAUAUCAGUAACUACCGUCAGCACGAUAGGCCGGGCCUUAAGCAUCCACCACGUCGGAGAAAGGCAAAAAAGAAGCAACAGAAAAAACGAAAGCGGAAGCACAAAGGCAAGAAGCCCCACAGGGCUAAAAAAGAAGGUGCACCAAUUAGGAACUUGAAGGAUGCUACGAAGGUUGAUCACAGCUACAGCAGUAAGCACCCUAUCAAGGCCUUAACAACUGGGUCCCUUAAGGCCUCCAUGGCAAGGAAAGGCGGACUGGACGCAGAUGAAAGGGAUAGUAUUGCAAGCCAGGUCCGAGGGGCAGUUGUUGUCCUCAACCGACUACGCCGCUAUGCAUACUGGGCGAUCGCCUUGGGCAUUGAGAGGAUCAUGCGGUUACCAGGGGCAGCAAAGUCGAGGAAAAAGGCACUGGACGAGGUCUUGGAUAGCAAUGAUUAUUCCUUCCGUCUCGCCACCCUUCUUUUGAGUGGUCAAGGUGGCCCCAAUUCAGCUUACGCGAGGGCAAAAAAACAA